AUAGUCUUUAUAUACAAUUUCAUUUUCUUGCAUGUAAUUUUGAUAGAAAGUCUGUGCUAAACUUUGUUCUUACUCCAUCUGAAUGUUGUCGAAUGUGGUGCCACAAUUAAACAUUACCUCCAUUCUCUUUUCCAUUAGCUUAGAGUGGUUUGGAAUUUCUCCUAAGGAACAGCAAGAGCUGGUGAAGAAUGUGUGUAGUUUAUUGGCACUGUUCUCAUGUUCUCUGUGAUUUUUAAUUUAUUUUUUUUAAUCCCCCUUUCUUGUCUCUAUAAAUGUGGUGUCAGUCUGUAAAACGUACACAAAUAUAAUAGGGGACCUUCAAGAGCAUGAUGAUCAACAUUAGUCUAAGUCUCUUCAGCUGAAGGUAAAGAGCAUGGCUAAAAGCAACCAUCUGGUUCUGGCAGUACUUGCAGCAGUAUCACCAGCUUGCAGUGGAAGAACCUACAAGCUGCAUACAUCUCAAAGUAUGCCCCAGCUCUAUAAAAAGAAAUGUGUCACCUUUGUGGAUACUUCUACAUAGCUGAAUUUUAUCUUGAUUUUUCCCUUUCAGAUAAGUAUUUAUCUCGUUUUAGUUGCAGAUUGGAAGUAAUUAUUUCUAGAAAACUUUGCUCUACAAGUACAUCAUUCCACCAGCAUCUUUCAGUGGCAGAGAAACAAGAUGGGGUUUCCAAGAACACAUACUAUAUGUAUGUGAAUUUUUCUUUUCAGAUUACAAGGGGAAAGAUGUAGACCUUAUUUUUUCCCUUCACCAUCAGAGACGAUUAAAAUACUUAAAAAUGUGUGCUGGCUUCGCAUGUGCUUCACAUGUGCUGGGUCACCAUACUUCUGAUGUCUGAUUGACAAACAUAAUGUCUUUUAAGUGCAUUGUAUAUAUUAGUUAAUGGCAGGACAGAGAAGGGGAAGUGUCAAAACUGGUGUGAUAUCUCCAUCCAGUGUGUUUGACUGUUUUGCAGAGUUGGUAUCACUGAGUCUAUUGCCAUCUUUCCAUUCUGCUGUCUGCGUAUUGCAAUUAUGAGUAUUUUACCAAUGAGACAGAUCUUUGUAUUUCUUAACAAAUAAUACUACCUGCAGGGUUGGCAUCUAGAAAAAAAAUCACCUGUUCUUAAAAAAAAAAAAAAACCACCAACAACAAAAUCAGUAGUUGGAUGGACAGACAUUUAAUGCUUCUCUUAGAGAAAGGGCAACUUUUCAAAUAAUUUCGUAUUCUCGUAUAGAAGAUAAGUAAUGGCAAUACCAAUUUACAGAGAACCAGUUCUUUUGCUGAGAGCAACUGACUGUGGUGACUUCAAAAUAAUGCAGACUUUCUACAAAGCAUAGGAGUGUCAAGGGAAACCCCCCUUCAUCUUUCUUUAUCUUCUUUAAAUAUUGAGUAAUUAAAGUUGAUUUUUUUUCAGUCACCUACAUUUCUCUCCUUAGAAAGACAGUAAGUAAUAACAUUUAACAAAAAAUAACAAAUGAUCGGGGUAAAAAAAAAAAAAAAAAAAAAAACAGCAAGUGAGAAGAUGUCAUUGGGUCUAGUAAGAGAGUAUGGGAGAGGUCAUUGCAACAACGAAUGAUUUACAGUGUAUAUAUUGGCAUGGUGUGAUGUUAGACAUCAUUGUGUCAUACAUAUCUGUUUUUUAUUUGUCUCUUGUUAAUCUUUGAGCAGUAUCUAACACCUUCAAGAAAGACACAGUAAUUUGCAAGCUUUUAUAUUUGCAAACUGGAGGUUUUGAUGUUUUUACCCUUGAAGAACUAUCCCAAGCAUAUUAAUGUAUUCUUUGAGAUAAGGAGACACAGCAUGUUGAAUCCAUAUGGCAGCUUGACUAACUCACAUUAAAAGUCUUGGGAAAGAACAGCUGAACACUGAAACAUGCUGAGUUUUGGACCUCUGCCUGUGGAGCUGGCCAGUCAUUCCUCUCACCAGCUAGCAGUGCUGUUCCCUUGAGCUUCUCAUGUUUAUGGCACCAGUUUCAGAUGCUAUUGUUGCUUUCGAGUGUCUGUCGGAUUUCUUGGUUUUAGGGCUGUUCUUCACACUGCAGCACAGAAAUGGAAGCUCUGCAGUUUCAGGCUGAAGUACUAGGCUGGAGUUGCUGACUUGAAGGCUUCUCUUCUCUGAUUUUCCUUUGUACUGUUUUUCGCCAGUGAGGGGAGGAUAGCAUUGUGUUUAAAAUGGAAGUUGACAUCAAUGGAGAGUCCAGAACUACUCUAUCCACCCUCCCUGUGCCUCUUGCGGAGGUGAGUCCUGCGGGCAGGAUGGAAGCAGAGAAGCCCCGCUGUUCCAGUACCCCCUGCUCACCAAUGCGACGGACUGUUGCGGGCUAUCAGAUCCUUCACAUGGAUUCUAACUACCUGGUUGGCUUCACGACUGGAGAGGAGCUGCUAAAAUUAGCCCAGAAGUGUACAGGAAGUGAAGAGAAUAAAGGGGAAUCUGGGCCAAACUUGCGCUCCAAGCAGCUUGAUUCAGGACUUACACGUUCCUCCCGUUUGUACAAAACUAGAAGUAGGUACUAUCAGCCAUAUGAGAUCCCAGCAGUAAAUGGAAGGAGGAGGAGACGGAUGCCCAGCUCAGGGGAUAAAUGCACUAAGGCUUUACCGUAUGAACCUUACAAGGCACUUCAUGGUCCCCUGCCUCUUUGCCUUUUAAAAGGUAAAAGGGCUCAUUCAAAAUCCCUGGACUACCUCAAUUUAGACAAAAUGAGCAUUAAGGAACCUGCUGACACAGAAGUGCUACAAUACCAGCUCCAACACCUUACCCUCAGAGGGGACCGUAUGUUUGCAAGAAACAAUACAUGAAUUAUCAUCUCAAAUUUAGAACCAAUUUCUGAUUAUUUCUCUGCUGCUGCAAAAAUCCACUGUUGUACUGUGUACAUGGCUGUCCACAUUGUAGGUGGUUGUAUCAGCUAAAUGUUAUCAGAAAGUAAUUUAUUUGAAUAGAAUCUUGGCAAUGCAACGUGUUACAAAUACUUGGAGGGAGAAAGCUUUCCUGAGCAAGCAGCUUCUGAUGCAAAUUUGGCUGCAACUGGUGGAUAUUUCUUUGGACACCUUUUAACAAAAAAAAAAAAGUGUUUGAUUUUGGGGUUUGGGAUUAUUUUUUUUGUACAGUUAGAUCUAGAUUUACAGCAUUUUCACAUUGAAAAAUUGGUGAUGUCUGCUUGAUUGUUGCUAAUUUUGGCUUGAUGUUAGAAACUGCUCUUGGAUAAGUAUUCAAGUUUAGGAGGUUUUUUGGGUUUGCUUUUUGUUUUGGUACUCUACAGUAAAAUGUAUGUAUUAUUUUUUUACAUCAUUGGAGAGGGAAGUGAGCUUGGCUAAAUUGGAUCACUUGCUAUUUAAACAAUCCAGUUCAAAGAUUUUAAAACUGUGCUUGCACUGGUGAUGAGGGUGAGAUUCACUCAUAAAACAAACCUUUACUACUUGAAUCCUAUUAAAUUAUUUUUUUAGUUUCUGCAUGGAAGUAAUUGCUUUGCCUCCUCUGUUCUAUAAAACUUGGUCAGGAUAAGUAUUUGGGUUAUUAAAACCAAAACUUUUGGGGAGUGAAGAUUUUAUUUUUUUUAGUGGGAUUUAUUUUUAACGUUGUCUUGACACGCAAACAAGGAUUCACUGCAGAUGCCAGUAAGUAGACUAGAAUGUCUGCAUUGGUAUGUCGGUGUUUUUGAUUUUAAUUCAUGAAUUAUGUAUGAUGUAUAGCAUAGGAAGGUGUCAAACGACUCCAGUAUUGUUUUGGAAAUUCACUUGGUUUGAAGCACUGGACACUUGAGAUCUGGAAGGCUGAUUUAUUUAAGUAUUUCUGUGUCGGCGUUGAAGAGAUGAUCCUGGAUUAUUCAACAGAGUAGAUUGAAUACACUGGCUUACUUUUGUUACUUAAGAAUUUUUUAUCCAAAUGUGACAUCAAAUGCAGUUUUGACAGCUGUAUUCCUGGAUGUAUUGAAAACAUUUUAGUAACUUAUGUUUAAAAAUGAAAAGUAGUUUUCAGUGCAUUCUUCUGCUGAGUCUAGAGUGCAGCUUGGGUUUGGCUGAUGGCCUCUGCAGGAGAAGUUAAAAAUCAGAUCACGUUGUUUUGAAACAUAAAUUAUUUGAUCAGUUGUUUCUGGUAGAAUUAAGAUUUUGAUUGUUUGUUUAUCAUGCAGAAUGAAUAGGAAGCACUAGUUAGCGCAUGCACUGUGGAACAUGAAGAGGAGUUCUCAUUCUGUCAACUUCCACAGUUUUAAAUGAAGUCGGCCCAGUAGUCUGCAUUUUGCUAGUUUGGUUUUCUCUUUUAGGUUUAUUAGAAUCUUUGGAACAAACCAAUGUGUAUUUUCAAAAGUUAACUACACCUGUGUAAAUUUAAUGUAUUGAACAAUGAUCUUGAAAGUAAAAUCUUCCUAUAUAGUCUUUAGUUUGAAAAACAGGAAAUGGUCAGAUGCCAAAGAGAUGGGGGUUUUGUUUAAGGAAUAAACACCACUGUUUAUUGACGUACCCUAUGAAACUGUAUUUCUGGCUGAAAAAUAAAAAGGGUGGUGUCAGCACUUCUUGUUGUGGAGUCUUUUGCUGUGUAGGAAAGAGGACAUUUAAAAAAUACAACUUCAGACCAGGGAUCACUUUAAAAACAACUUUAAAGCAGGGUCUUGGACUUCUGUGAAAUAGGUGCUUAGGUUUGUUACUUUGUUUCAGGAAAUGGGCCAUGCAAUUAUUAAUAUUUUGUGCAUGUUUCUAGUGUCAUCUUGUGAUAUAAUUGCAUAGCUACACUAGUAGAGAGGUUGUUGGCUAUCUAGCCAAGUUCAAACAUAAAAAGUAUGUUAGUGCUUUAUCUCUUUGGUGGUUUGCUUGUGAAAGUGCUUACAUGUGGUUAUGCUGUUUGCUUAACUCAUAUAGACUUGGAGCUCUCAUGCUGUAUCCUCAUUCGAGGGACCAGUGUUUUGCAAGUUUGGUUUGUAACAUUCUUUCUGCGAACUCAUAUCCGUGAGGAGUUACUGAUUUUACCUCUAAAUUAAGCAGAAUCUCAGCCAAAUGAAGUCUUUUGAUCUUGUCUUAUUUUUGCUGCUUAUCGUGUCUUCUACUAAACUAGUCUAUUAAAAUCAAAGUUGAGAAGGUUCUUCAGACUACUAAUAUGAAAUUGAAUGUGAACAGUACUGACCUUUCAAAGUGAGUUCUUGCUGUUCUUGUAAUAAAUUAAAAGAAAAAAAAUCAAAAAAUAAUGUUUCCUUGUCAACUUUAGGUGUCUUCCAGAAGAUUAAAAGAGCAAAGGUAGAAAUGAUACAGCGUAGUAACAUUAACAAAUGGUCUGAAAUCAACAUUAACAGCAGAUCUGGAAUCAAGUACAAAUGUCUAAGCUGGGUUAUUGAGGCAGAUCCUAAAUUCAGGCACACCACUGGCAUUUUUUAAAAAAUAUACCAAAAAAGGAUUGGUAUGAAAUCCAUUCUUUAUUUCACUGUUCUUUUCUUCAUUUCAGGUAUGAACUCAUAACUAGUCCUGUCCUGCUGUGUUACAGUUUUUAUUUACAUCUGUAGAGGGUGCCUAACUGACCUUAUGGUUUCCUUUACCUUCUCUGACUUGUACCCGGUUCCCUUGGGGGAUGCUCUCUCUCUUGCUGAGCAUGUUUACUGGAGUGGGGGUUGUUAAUUGCAGACUAGGGCUACUAGGCAGUAUUGCAAAAUAAGUAACAGACAAACCUAGCAUUUUCUAAAACUGCUCUCCUGGAUGUGGUGGGUUUUUUUCCUGCUGGGAAGAAGGAGAAAGGUUGUUUUUAAACUGCUGAAAAUGCAGAUGUUGCUGUCUGGACAUUGAGAAAGGUUCUCAGUAGUUCAGGACUUGGAGCAGAAGUAAUUUAAUUAUUUUGUGUGCAAAUAAGAGGACAAGCAUAAUUUUUAAGAAGAAUUACAGGAGAACAGCAGAAAGCCUAUAAGCUGCGUAAAAAAGCCUGCCAAAAUCUACAAUAUCUGCAGAAAUACCACUCAGUUAGUAAAGGUAGGUGAUGUCAGGCUGUAUAACUUACUUUUGAAGAAAUGAAAAAGCUAUCUAGAACACAAAACUGGUCUGAAAGAGUCUAAGUGAGUUCAAGGUAUGUUUUCAUUUGGUAAAACACAGGUUUCAGUUAAAAAAGUGAAUACUAAGAUAAUGUCAAGUUUUAUGGUUCACAUGAAUAUUUGUAGUAGUAGUAAGGGAAAUAC